UAUCAAUCACUAUUACUAUUAUUAGUAACAUAAGUAACUAAUAAUGUAAUAAAAAAAGUAUUAAUAGUGGUAUUAUGCAUCAUAAAUAGUGUAUUAAAUUAUUGAAAAGAUGUGAUGAUUGGUGUCAACUUCACCGAUUAUUUAUCAUGUCAUUUAUUCUAAAUAUUGGAUUAAACAAAUAGUGACUGAUUUACGAUAUUAAUGUAAUUCUUUAAUUAUAAUAAAUUACAUUAAACCCGUAAAACAAACAUUUUGUAUGCAAAAUGGCCAAUACUGGUGUUUUGCCCUUUGUAAGAGGUUUGGAUUUUGCAAGAAAUGAUUUUAGUGAUGGCAAAUUCCCAGAGGCAGUUUCUUUAAUGACAGGUGUGCAAUGGCUCAAACUGGACCGUACAAAUUUAAAUGAAGUUCCCAAAGAAAUGGGUCAGCUGUUAAAACUUGAACAUUUAUCAUUAACAAGAAAUAAUUUAGAAAAACUUCAUGGGGAAUUGACAGAAUUAGGUUGUUUGAGAACGUUAAAUCUAAGACGUAACAAAGUAAGAAAUUCAGGAAUUCCUAUUGAACUAUUCAACUCUGAAGAACUAAGCACAUUAGACUUAAGUCAUAAUAAUUUAAAAGAAGUACCAGAAGGACUAGAAAAGGCUAAAUCAUUACUUGUUCUUAAUUUAAGUAAUAACCAAAUUGAUUCAAUACCAAACUCUCUUUUCAUAAAUUUAACAGACUUGUUAUUUUUGGACUUGAGCAAUAAUAAUCUAGAGACACUGCCACCACAAACAAGAAGAGUUGCAAAUCUACAAACACUUAUUUUAAAUAACAAUCCCUUAGAGCAGUAUCAGCUAAGACAAUUACCUUCUUUGGUGAACCUAGAAACACUGCACUUACGAAAUACACAAAGAUCCCUAAAUAAUUUCCCAACAAAUUUGGAAGGUUUAGUUAAUCUUGCAGAUGUUGACUUAUCUCAAAAUAUGUUACCAAAAGUUCCUGAUGCACUUUACUCACUACCAAGCCUCAAAAGAUUAAAUUUGAGUGAGAAUGAAAUCACUGAGUUAUCUACUGCUAUUGAAUUGUGGCAGAAAUUGCAAACACUUAAUUUAUCACAUAACAAACUUAAAAGUCUACCAGCUUCUCUAUGCAAAAUAACUACAUUAAGGAGAUUAUAUGUUAACGAUAAUGAAAUAGAUUUUGAAGGCAUUCCAUCAGGAAUUGGAAAGUUAGGAUUGCUGGAAAUCUUUUCCGCUGCUUAUAAUCAAUUAGAAAUGAUACCAGAAGGAUUAUGCAGAUGCGUGAUGUAUUUCGUGGACAAUAGUUCGGGAGUAUUAAUUAUUUCAUAUAUUUUUAAGGGAAUGAAAGACAUUGUGACGGAGAAAAAUAAAAAUAAACAAGAAGAUGAAACCAGAGCCGAGUCUUUAAAACCAAAACGAUGGGAUGAAAAACUGGAAAAGCCACCACUAAACUACUCUGAAAUAUUUGAAGAUGAUGCAGGACAAAUACCAGGGUUGUGCAUAUGGGAAAUCGAAAAUUUCCUUCCCAAUCGCAUUGAUGAAUGUACACAUGGAAAAUUCUAUGAGGGUGAUUGUUAUAUUGUAUUAAAAACACUCCUUGAUGACAGCGGAUCAUUGACAUGGAAAAUUUAUUUUUGGAUUGGCAAAAAAGCAUCCUUGGAUAAGUUAGCGUGUGCUGCGAUACAUGCAGUAAAUUUAAGAAAUUACUUAGGUGCCCAGUGUCGUACUAUUCGAGAAGAACAAGGCGACGAAUCUGAAGAAUUUUUGUCACUUUUUGAUACUCAGAUCACUUAUAUAGAAGGAGGAAGAACAUUAAGUGGAUUCUACACUGUUGAAGAUAUGAUUUAUGAAAUUCGUUGUUAUCGAAUUCAUGCAGCAGGUGCCUCAAUUCACUUAGAGACCGUGGCAAUUGCUCCGGAAUCCUUAGAUCCGGGUUACGUGUUUAUGUUGGAUGCUGGUCCUAAAAUUUUCUUAUGGUAUGGAAAAACUUCCAAAAACACAUUAAAAUCGAAAGCUCGACUGAUGGCUGAAAAAAUUAAUAAGAAUGAACGCAAAAAUAAAGCUGAAAUAUUGACAGAAAUGAUGGGAAAAGAGAGUACCGAUUUCUUGCGAGUUUUGGGAAUUCAUGACGAUGAGUAUCGACUAGUUCCACAAGAACAUGUUGACCCGGAUUUUGUUCCCGUUCAACCAAGACUGUAUCAAGUGAGAUUAGGAAUGGGCUAUUUAGAGUUACCUCAAGUGGAAAUACCUCAUGGAAAACUUACACAAAAUCUUCUCAACAGCAAAAAUGUGUAUAUUUUAGACUGCUAUGUUGAUGUUUUUGUAUGGAUAGGCAAAAAAUCUACAAGACUAGUAAACGCUGCCGCAGUAAAACUUUCAGAAGAACUGUUCAACAUGAUUGAUCGUCCCGAUUUUGCAAUGGUCACGAGGGUUCGAGAAGGAACUGAAUCACAG